AUGGAGGAGCUCACGGCCUUCGUCUCCAAGUCGUUUGACCCCAAGGCCAAGGAGAAGAAGGAGCUCAUCACGUACCGCGAGGUGCUGGAGAGCGGCCCGCUGCGCGGCGGCCCGCGGGAGCCCGGCGGCGGCGCCGCGGCCGAGCCGGGCCGCGACGAGGCGGGCAGCCCCGCGGCGCGGGCGGCCACCGCGCGCUCCCCGCCGCGGGAACCCGACGUCGCCGCCGCCGACGGAGCCGCGGCCACCCCCAAGCUCAGCGACGCGCCCGCGGAGCUCAAGGAGCGCAAGGAGGAUGCGAAGGCGAUGGAGGAGGAAGGGCAGGCGAAGAUGAAGCAGCGGCGGAGCCGGACGAACUUCACCCUGGAGCAGCUCAACGAGCUCGAGCGCCUCUUCGACGAGACGCACUACCCGGACGCCUUCAUGCGCGAGGAGCUGAGCCAGCGGCUCGGCCUCUCCGAGGCCAGGGUGCAGGUUUGGUUCCAGAACCGCCGCGCCAAGUGCCGCAAGCAGGAGAACCAGCUGCACAAAGGGGUGCUCAUCGGAGCCGCGAGCCAGUUCGAGGCGUGCCGGGUGGCGCCCUACGUGAACGUGGGCGCGCUGCGGAUGCCCUUCCAGCAGGACGGCGCCUGCAACGUGCCGCCCUUGUCGUUGCAGGUGCAGGCGCAGCUGCAGCUCGACGGCGCCGUGGCCCACGCGCACCCGCACCUGCACCCGCACCUCGCGGCCCACGCGCCCUACAUGAUGUUCCCCGCGCCGCCCUUCGCGCUGCCGCUCGCCGCGCUCGCCGCCGAGUCCGCCUCGGCCGCCGCCGCCGCCGCCAAGACCACGAGCAAGAACUCGAGCAUCGCCGACCUGCGCCUCAAGGCCAAGAAACACGCGGCCGCGCUCGGCCUGUGA